AUGAUUCGGGCAUACUCCGCCCCAGAGUGUAUUGGUUGCCUGGUUGCGCGACCUCAAAUUGUCUACAAUUGUGGACACUUAGUCUUCUGUUUGGAAUGUAAACGUCGAGCUGGGGAAGAAUGGAAUAACCGCUGCCCUAUCUGUAAAAAGAUAGGGCCAACAUUUGAAGCGGUUCAUAUUGUCCGGGGACGACGAAUGGACUGAUUGGGAGGACAAUAUUAAAGAAAUUAAUUUUUCAAA